GCAAUUUACGUCAUUUCAGGCUGUUCGUUUUGUUGUGGACACAGCAAUAGCAGCAGUAACGGUAUGGAGAACAAGGUUGAAAUGGAUAGUCUGGAAAUGCGGAUUCAGGAGUUGGAGAGUUCUAUUUACGGUGAACGGCGGAAUAAAGGUGGAAAAGUCGUAAAGUGCACGGAGUCUCUGUCGAGGAUCCAAGCAGCUCUGGCAAACACUGCCAACAAGAGAGAGCGCGUGAAGAUCUUGCACAAGAAGAUUGAGGACCUGUUGAAAUACCUGGACCCUCAGUUCACGGACCACAUCACGGUGCCAGAUGCCAUGAAGCUGGAGUUCAUCCUAGCAGAGGAGGACUUCCUGCUCUCACAGGCUGCUCUGCUAGAGCAGGUCAGCAGCCUACAGCCCCUGCUGGACAGCAACUACAUCCGGGAUGUACCAGAGCAUGCCACCAAACUACAGCGGCUGUCACAGCUUCAUAUCAAACAACAGGACCAGACUGAUGCUCAAUCCCUUGAGGUAAAGAGGCUCUUUGAGGAGUACAACAAAAUGAUGUUCCUGUUGUCCAAGCAGUUCACCCAAUGGGAUGAGACCCUGAGGCAGCUUGAAGAAUCCAAGGGGAUCCGGCCUGUGGAGUAGAGGAUGAACAAGUUCUUAAGAGGACGCUUGUUGUGAUGACUGUGGUUAUGGGGACCACAGUUAAAACAAGUGUCUUGGACUGCUUGUUCACUGUUCCCCAUUUCCCCAUUUCCAUGCAGACAUGUUUUAUUAUGUUAUAAUUUAAGCAAAAGGAAAAUACAUUUAGAUUCAGGCACUUGUUCCUAGGUCGUCAAAGGAUUAUUUUUAUUCUUUAGAUAGAUCACUGAAAUGUUUAAUGGUAUGAUAUAUGGAAAUCAUCUAAACCAAGGAGACUGUAGUGGAACUGAGUAUUUUGGUUAGUAAUAUUCCCCAAUUGAAAGCCAUUUGACAUGCUAAAUGUGUUUUUAUAUUUAUUAACAGCAUUGCUGUAGGCUAUAAAAGCUUUCUGUUAAGACAGUCACAAGACCUCAUUUCUUUCCCUCUUACUCCACUGUGCUUCUCUGCAUAUUCCUAAUUCUGUUCCUUCCAAAUUCUAAAUCUGUGGAUCACACUACAGAAGAGACAAUACAUAUGAUUUGUUUAUUUUAUUUCAACCAUUUGGAGAAUAAAUGUACCCUAGGCCCUCAGAUAUGUGUUAAGUUUGUGGUCUUUGAAUCAGAAAAAGGAAAAAUGACAAUCAAGUGUUGUGUCUAUAGGAAAUGUGUAUUCAUGGGUUUGUGGUGCUCUGUCAGAGUCCAGGUUCAUUCAAUAAUUGUGUGAACCCUAAACACAGAUAGAAAAAUAAUUGCUUUGGGAGUUUAAAAAGCUACAUAUCUUGCUUUCCUAUAUCCAGCCACAUUCACACAAUAGAAAAAUUGCUGUGCCUGGAGUGGUUCUUGGCUUUAGUCUCUACGUCCUAGCACACCUUCAACCUAUACUACAUGAUAGCACUACUGCCAGCAAAUGACUAACACUAACGCAUGAUUUAAUUUUAUUUUUGGUAUUUCUCUGCAAUAUGGUAAUACAGUGAACUUUAUUGAUUUAUUGGUCUACUCAAUGUAUGUUUAUUUAAAUGGUUAUCAGACGUAUAGUUAAAGAUAAUUUGUCCUUCACUUAUUUUGUUUCUG